AUGGGUUGCGCUGGCUCUGUGAAUGUCGACCAUCCAGCCUCGGCAGCGCACAUCGAGAAGACGCGGGGCAAUGAUCUGGGCAAGGCUUUCCUCAUCCUGGGAGUCAAGGAUCAGAACAUGACAGGAAAAGUCUACCUCAGCGGUGCCUCAACUGGUGACCCAAAGCUGCUUGCAUCAGUUGAUGCAGUUCUCAAGAAGACGAACGAUGGCGUAGUUCGAGGUUCAGAUGAGCAUGACAAGCUCUGGGAUAUCGCAUGGCACAACACCAAGAUGACCAGUGGCUACCAGAUGCUUUCUCUAAAGCAGCCGUUCUUUCCCAUCGGCCGUCACGUUGUGGGGCUACUGGAUGCUUUGGGAGAACAUGGGUGGAUUCCGUCAGCAGCACCCAGCUAUGGUGGCCCGAUCAACGACAAAGCUUCUGUGGAGUGGCCAAUGAUCAUUUGCCAGAAGGAUGUUGACCAGAUCUAUGCAAAAGAAACGCUCUUCCUUGCCGUCAAGGAUCAGAACAUUCCUGGAAAACUGUGCAUCUGCGGGCCUCCCGAUGCAAUCGAGAAUCUGAAGAAGGGCAAUUUCGCGAGCAAGCUGAAACAAGUGAGCCCCGAAGCCAACGAGAACUUUGACGAUUACGACACAUCGAAAGAGUGGGACCUGGUCUACCGCAACACGUCGAUCACUUCUGGUAUGCAGGCGUUUAGCUUCGCAAAACCCUAUUUCCCCAAAGGCAACGUCCUCUAUCCGUUGCUGGAUGAAGUGUACAAGCUGGGCUGGCGCCUGGUCUCAGCACCCAGCUUUGGGGGAAACACCGUGGACUGGCCGUGCUUUAUCUUCAAACGAUUACUGAACCCGCCUUCAGAGUCACCUGCCUUGAUCUUCGCGUCCGUGAAAGAUCAGAACAUUCCCGGCAAGCUUUGCAUGUCUGGAUCACCAGCUCACGUAGGCGAGCUCGUCAAGAUGCUUCAGAGCGCUUUCAAGAAUGUGAAGGGCAAUGAGUCUGUGGCUUUGUCCAAGGAUGAAUAUGAUGGUGACUGGGAGCACGUUCUGCGAAACACUUCCCUCACCACCGGACACCAAGCCUUCAGCUUCAAAGUCGCCUACUUUCCUCGUAACGACAGCAUCAUGACUCUGACGCGAACCAUGGGCAAGCAGGGCUGGAAACUAGCAGCUUGCCCGAGCUUCGGGGGCAUGGGCGCCUCGUGGCCAACUUUCGUUUGGGAGCAUGUAGGCACUCCAAUGGAGACCGCUUUGAUAUCCAUCAAGGACCAGAACUGGCCUGGCAAGGUUUGCUUAGGCGGAGUGGAGAAGGAAGUGAGCGAGGGCAUCCUGAAUGGUCUUAAAGUCAUGAGUGGUGCCGAUGCCCAAUGUGCCAAAGACGAAUAUGACCAAGACUACGACAUAGCUUUUAGGAACACCAAGAUGACCACAGGCCAGGCUUGCUGUUCUUUUCAAAAUGUCUGGUGGCCUUACGCGUAUCCUAUGGAGCUCAUCCUUGGAGAGCUUCACAAGCACAGGUGGCUUCCGGCAGGAGGGCCGAACUUUGGCAGUAUGAUGCUCACUUGGCCAGCUGUCAUCCUUCAAAGGAAAGUAGAUGGCAACGAUCCGCAAGUCUGA